UUAGAACUCGAUAUUUUUGAGGACUAUUUUUUUGUACGAACUUUUGGCUAAUUUUUGUAUUUGUUUUCUUAUUGGUCUUAUACAUAAGUUAUUCUCAGCGUCGUCAUUGGGAUGACGUCCCCAAUCGCAUAUCAAAACAAACCCCUCAAAGGUUUUGACACUGCACCGGAAUUCUUAAAGUAUCGUCGACGUGGGGAGUACCGCGUUAUUCGGUGUGAUUUCCCACAAUUGAUGGGAUGGUCUACUCUACGAAGGCCACCCGGCUUGCCAAGAUCACUGAAAACGCCAUAUUUCGCUGGGGAGUUUGCUCCACUUUCGCUUGGUAAAGAACGCAUAUAUCGCCCUCAUGUGAAUCGUAUCAAGCUUUACAAGGAUUCGGAAGACAGUCAUAUGACAUUAAUGAAGAACAACAUCAUUUUAAAGGAUGGGCCCCCAUUGUACAAGAGCAAGUGGGGCGAGCUGAGGGUUGCCAAUUGGAAAGGAAAGAACAAGGAAAUUUUGGUCCGAAUGUAUAACAAGAAUUCGCCGCAUUGGAUGCAGCUUGAGCGUAAAAUGCUUAAAGAAGUUUGCCAUGUGAUGGACACUGGUCAUCCAAAUUUUCUUCAGUAUUACGGUGUGGUUGAGAACGCUUUCUGGAAGUAUCAUCUAUCAGAAUACAUGCCCAGAGGUGAUCUACUCUCCAUUCUAAAGAAAAGCGAAGGUCCCCUUGAUCCCGAGAUUGUGCGAAAAAUAUUUGUUCAGAUUGUGUACGCUGUGAGUCAUUUGCAUGACAAAGACAUUGUGCACAGAAACCUAAAACUCGAAAACAUCCUCGUCGGUCUACAUUGGGAAGUUCGAAUCAUUGAUAUAACUCAUACGGAAAAAACUACUUCCCAGAAUCGAGGGGACGCAUCAAACAUUGCAAAAACCACAUUCAACCACGAAUACGGCCCAAUAUUCUACCGGGGUCCGGAACGCGUCUUAAAAAUUGGUUUCAAUCCACUUUUGGAUCAAGUUUGGGGAUUAGGUGUCCUCUUAUAUUCCCUCUUCUUUAAGAAAUUCCCCUUCAAUUUCCCCGACAAAGGUGAUGGUCAAAGUAGUGAAGAUUUCCGACAGAAAAUUGAACAAAUUGUGAAUCGUGGCUUAGUCUACCCAAAAGGAAAAGCGAAAACUGUCCCUGUCGGGGGAAAGAUUGCUUUAAAAAAGAUUUUCACUUGGGAACGGUAUCGACCAAGAACAUUUGAACUGUUGGAUGAUCCAUGGUUGUCAGGAUGGAAUGAGGCGGAGGUUGAAAAGAUGAAGAAUUCUAAUGCAAUUGGCCGUUUCACGCAUGAACAUGCUGAAAAAUUGAAAAAUGAGCCAAAACGAAUGUUACUCCUUAAACGAAGAAUGUUUAAACAUUUCAAACUAUUCCGUGAAGAUUACACAAGACAGCCAACCAUUCAAGGGGGCGAGGUUCUAGAAAUACAUAAAACUUUAGGCAACGCUCAACGAUUUCUUGGACCGACGUCUUAUGGAGUGUUUGAGGUCAAAGAGAAUGUCAUGGAGCAACAUAAGGCCGAGCGUCUCUAUAAAGAGGAAUAUUGGCCAGUGCUGUACGCUUUCAAUCCGAUCAAGUGUAAAUAUCUGGGAAUCAAUCGACUCUACUGCAAACCAAGAACUUUUCCUGUGCAAGUAAAUCUCGAGAGAUUGGCGGACAAAAAUAUUGUAUCUUAUGGCUUGCCCCCACCGAGGAGGAGGAGACUGGCGGAGGAAGAAGGUGGAAGAAGAGGGGAAGAAGAUGAUGACGAUGUGGAUAUUGUGUCAAUGUGAUUUGUGAUGUACAAUUGCUAUAUAUUUUGUAUGAGGAUUUUUUUAAAUAUUGGAUUUAAUAAUUUUCAUUUACAUGCAAAUUCUCGUAAACACACGCGCCUGAAAUUCAGGCUCUGAAUGCAUAGACAAUACCAAAAUAAAUCUUUACGUAUAACAUAUA